AUGGCCAAUGCAUCUCAUACUAAAGGACGUGAAGGCAAGUCCAUCGAGCAGAUCUACCAGAAGAAGACCCAGCUAGAACAUAUUCUACUCCGACCUGACACCUAUGUGGGUUCGACGGAAGCCCAGAUUCAGGACCUCUGGGUUUUCGAUGGUGUGCAGAGUCGCAUGGUGCAUCGAAAGAUUAGCUUCGUACCUGCUCUUUACAAAAUCUUCGAUGAAAUCCUGGUGAAUGCCGCAGACAACCUCAUGCGGGACCCACAGGGCAUGGACACCAUCAAAGUGGACAUCGAUCAAAAGCAGGGCCUCAUCACAGUCUGGAAUAACGGCAGGGGUCUCCCCGUUGUUCUGCACAAGGAGCAGAAG